AUGGAGUCACAUUAUGUCGGACCGGAUCACCAGUUGCUUGGGGCUGAUUCCAAAAAGUGGAUCAUGAUUGCCUCAGUCUUCAAGGAUCAUACUAUCUUCGCGAUCACCACCAAAAGUGCGAUUGUAGCAGGAACAUGUGACUUCACGACUGAAGGCUUACCAAUCCCAGCAUUUGUCCCUGCAAGGUCAACUGAUCGUCUUCUUAGACGGAAUAAACAAAGCGAGAGCAGAUUAUUUGCAAGUCAUGCAUUCCGAAAUCAACAAACGCCUGCAAAAGCUCUUGUCGCCAGUUUCUUGCACUAG